GUCGCAGCUUCACGGUACAGGAUCCCAUGUUGAGAAAGAAUAUUGCUACAUUCAGAUAGACAUGCAGGUUAGAGGGACGUAUGUGCGUAUUCUCAUGUUACUAAAGGGGAUUUCCUCCCGUGUGUGUUGGAUGCCUUCUCUCGCCUUCUUUUGCCUUGGAUGGAUAUGGACAGGAGUGCGUACACCGGACAUGUGAGUGUGGGCGUACUUGGGCGAAGAUAUGAGAUGCUAUUCGAUGGGUCAAUAUAAUAGAUCCGCACAUCCUUUGAAAGAUGAUAUUUUUGGACCCCAAAUAUUUUCUCUCGUACGGCUUUCAUUUCCAUCUUCACGUCGCCUUACUCAUCAAUUAUAUAAGCACGCACUCUUUCUUAUCUCGUAUCCAUCGAACCGAAAACAUCGUCACCAUCUUUGCGGGGCCCAAAACACAUGAAAAGUAAUUUCCGAAAAAGUUUGGAAGAUCACAGACAUCACUCACCACCUCACGCAUCAUCUUCAUUCUGAGGCUUCACUUGAAAUAAUCUUCCAGCCUUUUCCACAUCGGUUAUGUUUUGGCGUGAGAAUAUAUUAAAAAUCAAUUGAUCAGCCUUUCGUACCCAGCAGCAACAAGGAGCACCGAAAGGUACGAUGAUAAUAAAAUCCGUUCGCAGAUAAUUUAUAUGUUUCGAUAGCAAACGCUUUGUUUCCAUAUAUACCUACCUAGUAUAGUUUAUGUAUACCUAUAUAUGUGUAUUCCCCCCACCAUCGUCACCUUCCUUCCAUUAUCGUCAUCGUCAAAAAAUUUAAUUCUUUGCAAGCAGACACGCAAACAAGCAAUCUAAUCAAUCCACCGCUUUCAGAUAGAAGAAGAAGGAAGAAAAAAAUCCACUUAUCGCAACCAACCCAUCAAAACCCAAAACACAAAACCCCCACCAUCAAAAUUCCCUCUCAACUCCGUUCGCAUCAAUCACCCACAAACUUCCAACCUUCCUAUUUCCAUUUCCAGAAUUCUGUUCCUUUCCGAAGAAAGAUCACGCGAAGCUAUUUCACUCCAUACCAAUAUCAACCACCAAUUCACCAAUUCACCAAUCCUCCCACCCUUACUCUCACCCACACCCUCACCCACCCUCACAUAAUCUAAAACAUCGCAAAAAUGGUUGGCUCACAACCUAAUCUCUUCGCAUUCCCAACCGUCGACAUCCUCGCCACAACUCUCCGCCAAUACAUCGUACAAGCCCAAACCGCCGGUCUCGCCCGCCACGACGCCUUCAAAAUCGCUGUUUCAGGUGGUUCUCUCCCUAAAACUCUCGCUGCGGCUUUACUCGGCCCAUCUAGCGGUCCUGACGACAUUAUCCACUUCUCCAAAUGGGAAAUCUUCUUCGCAGAUGAAAGAGCCGUUCCCCUCGACCAUGAAGACUCCAAUUACGCACUCCUCAAAAGCGAACUCCUCGAUAAAAUUCCCGCCGAAAUGGGCAAACCUACUGUGCACCCAAUUGAUACGGCGCACUUGAACGAUGUGCAAGAAUUGGCAGAUCAGUAUGAACAACUCCUUGUGCGCAGUUUCGCAUCUCGGGAUUCGGUCAAAUUGCCCAUUUUUGAUUUGUUGCUAUUGGGUUGUGGUCCUGAUGGUCAUACGUGUAGUUUGUUUCCAGGACAUGCUUUAUUGAGGGAAACAGAUGCGUGGGUUGCGCCAAUUGAAGAUAGUCCAAAACCACCACCAAAGAGAAUUACACUUACAUUGCCGGUGGUGACACAUGGAGUUAAGAUAGCUUUUGUAGCAACAGGAGGUGGAAAGAAGGAAAUUAUGAAGGAGAUUUUCGAAAAGGGAAAUGGAUUACCUUGUGCAUUGGUUAAUGAGGGAGCCAGAGAAAGAUGUAGUUGGUUUGUUGAUAAUGCAGCGGUGGAAGGAGUUAGUUUCCCUAGGAAAGGAAGUCUUUGAAUUUUUUCUGGGCUGAAGGGGGAAAACCUCAGAUUCUAGCUAGGUAGAUUCCAAGUAUCAAACAAAUUAUUACAGUAAAUGAAUAUGUGUAUGAAAGGGUAGUUGGUUGGCUGGCUGGCUUGCGUCUUUGAAUUCGGAGUUGAAGAAGAAGCGAAGAUUUAGAUAGAUGGGUGGAUGGUGUUCUGAAAGAAGGAAUUAGGAUUUCUUGCUUGCUUGCUUGCCUGCUUGCUUGUUUACUUGCUUUCAUUCCUUCUUUUCUGACCUGAUUAGAAAAUCAAAAUCUUGUCAUCUCUCAUGUCUAGGUGCAUAUAGAUCCGGUACAGAUAGAUAUUCAUUGAAUUCAUAAACUUUCUAUUCUUGCUUGCUUGCUUGCUACUUAACA